GUGCGGAUCAGGAAAUGGUGGCAAAUGUUUUGGAAUAUGAUUUGGCAAAGGUUCCUUCGACCCUGCUGAUAGCAUGUUUAAUUGUUUUUGAGGCUGCUGUGGUUGCAAAGUUGGAAGAACAGCAUGUUUUCCACUUUUAAGAGAACUGGACACAAUAGUAUUCAGAGCCUUGUCUGGUUCUAGCGAGCCUGUGAAAGUAUGCGAUAAUGUUCCUACUAUGUUACUACUAUGCCUCAUGUGCUGUAGAUGAUUAUUACUGAAUGUAUGCAACUGCGUUUGGAUUGUAUGCAAUGUCUAUAGGAUACGAAGAACAAGUUUAUACUUGACACUAACCGUUCACUGCAUAGGAAUUUUCCAGCCGGUUCAUUGAAACACCGCCUACUUUCUUCACUUCACUUUGGAUUUGUAUCUUGGAUGACAUCGCGCAAAAAUGCAUGACUACGAAAAAAAACCGACAAUAGAUCCAGUCCAGGCGUCAGUCUGUCCGGAAAAGCCGCAGGAUUUGGAUUUAACUCCCGGGGAGCGCGCCGAUGGGGUUCUGAAUAAAACAAAACGCAAGAAAAGCAUCGAUUUUUCUAAUGUUGACACCAACAGGCAAUCUGAUAACAUGUAUGUGAAAGUGGUUGUUCGUUUUUUGCAAAGAGUUUCUCUUCUCUUUUUGGGCUACCUAUUAUGUUACUUUAAUUAUUCCCUAAUUCUACCGCUAAUUCUCAUUUGCACCUUAGUAUGGUUUGAAAAUGCAAAAUCAAAGAAAAAAGAAAGGAUCAAAAAAAAAGUUUUGUCCAGCAGCAUGACGAAAGAAGAGAUUAUAAACGUUGUUAAAGAUCUCCCUUCCUGGGUAAAUUUUCCUGACAGAGAGCGAGCAGAAUGGUUAAAUGAGAUAGUUCAUCAAUUGUGGCCCAACGUAAAAAGCUACAUAGUAAAAUAUUGCAGGGGCAAAAUUCAGACAAACAUCAGAAAGAAAUUCGACUCAUUCCGUUUCGAGGAUAUUGAUUUCGGGAACACACCUCCGAAAAUAGAUGGAAUUAAAGUUUAUCAUCAGGCUAUGACCAAAGAUUCAAUUAUAAUUGAUUUCGAAGUUUUUUAUGAUGGAGAUUGUUCUAUAAAUUUUUCCAUGUCGGGAGCAGAAAUAGGUCGUAUCAAAGAUUUUCAAAUGGGAGUUGAAAUCAGGGUAGUUCUAAAACCAUUGUUAUUCAGACCUCCCCUAAUUGGAGGAGUUCAAUUUUUUUUUCUCAAUAUUCCAGAUAUUGACUUUGAAUUGGAAGGAAUCAGUGGUAUACCAGGUUUCAGUUAUUUCAUACGUCUAAAAAUUGAAGAAAUCAUAAACAAAAAGCUUGUAUUUCCAAACAAAAUUACCAAGAGAUUCACUAAAUCCAUCGAAGCAGCCGAAUUAAAGUCUAUUGAAGCAGAAGGUGUCUUAAGAGUGCACGUCUUUGAGGCAAAAGAUUUGGAAAAAAAAGAUGUGACUGGAAAAAGUGACCCUUAUGUAAUUUUAAACGUCGGUGCGCAAGAAUUCAAGACACAAGUCAUUAAAAGAGAUUUAAACCCGCAAUGGGAUUAUUAUUGUGAGUUUAUUAUUUUGGACCCAGCAGCACAGCAAUUAUAUUUUAAACUUUUUGACCAAGAUAAUUUUAAUGAAGAUGAAUUUUUGGGGAGUGGAGCCAUCGAUAUUUCUCAAGUUAUCAAACCAGGAAAAAGAGAUCAGUGGUUUACGUUGGAAAAUGUGAAGCAUGGAAAAAUUCAUUUUCGGUUUAGCUGGCUGGCUUUGACGGCCGAUAAGAAUGCUAUUGAUGCGGCAGCAGAGGAAACAAAAUUGUUAAAAAUCGAAAAUAUUCACACGGCAUUACUAACAAUAUACAUCGAAUCAGCAUCUAACUUGCCGAAAAUAAAAGCCUACAAAAAGCCGGACCCCUAUAUUAUCCUGACAGUUGGUAAGAAUCAAACUAAAAGCAGGACGAAAAAGCAUACUUGUAACCCCAUAUGGGACCAAGGCUUUUAUUUAUUAGUGAGAAACCCUAGGAAUGAUUCUUUGAUCGUGACUAUAAUUGAUAAACAGUCUGACAGCACCUUGGACAAAAUGGUGUACAGUAUUAAAGAUCUUUUGGACCAGCCAGGUAUGCAGAUUAGCAAAGAAGAGUUUCCAUUACGUCUUAAUUCAGAAAGCAAAAUUACUAUUUCUUUACAACUGAGAAUUUUGCACAACGCAGAAUUCGAACCAGAAGAUUCAGAAACGGACUCUGAUGAUGACUCUGUAAAGGAGUCGAAAUCAUUGGGCACCUUGACAAAAGAACAAUUAUUUAACGAUUCGCCUAAAACAUCAAGACACAGUUCUGUUGAGGAGCAAAUGGAAAAAUUUCAACGAUCUGAAUUUAGUGCUUUGAACGCAUCACCGACAUUUAAAACUGCUAGGUUUUCACAGCGCCUGGAUGAGAGAGGUCGCAUAGAACUUACUAUGGACUACAGCGAAUUGAGGCAAAAACUUCUGGUAACCGUCCACAGAGUAGCAAACUUACCAUUAAAAAACCCCGGUGACAUACCCGAUCCUUAUGUUAAGCUUAAAUUAGAUGGACCUGGAAAUAGUCCGGUGAAAUAUCGAACUAAGGUUAUUGUGGACUCGUGUGAUCCAGAAUAUGAAGAAACAUUCGAAUACUUGCUCUCCAUUUCAGAACUACCACACCAAAAAUUGAUAAUCAGUGUGAAAAAUAAGAAAAUGUUUAGUUCUAGGGUGUUGGGACAAACAAUUAUUGAGCUAAAAAGUCUACAGCUCUUCCAAGAACCUGUUCGAGCAUGGUACGAUCUUCAUGAAGAGGAAGUAUCAGAUUAACAAUAUCAAACACUUUUUCUCUCUAAAGCAGCUUAUGCAUAUUUGAAAAAUGCAGAAUCUCUUAAUUUUUGUUUUUUUUUUAAAUGUUUUAUUAUCAUUGUUUUUCUUGUAUAUUUUAUAUUUAUAUAUAUAUAUAUAUAUAUUUGUAAAACUGGCA